CAAAGAUUAUUGUUUCCGUCGGUGCUCUCUCAAGAUGGCAUUUUUUUCAAUCCAACAGCGCGGCAAAUCCUUGGCGCACUUGGCAUGCAUUUGGCAACACAGAUCCAUCACAACCUUGCUGAUCCCUUGGGCUGCCGAUAGAUACAUACUAGUACCUGAUAGUAUCAGCUCCCUUAUCUGGCCUCGUUGACAAGUCUGUUGUUGUUGCAAAGUGGGACGCUGAGCUUCUUUAAUCAAGCAUAGUUCGCCCUAUUAAAGAAGCGCAUUUUUGGAUCGUUUGCUGUUUGUGCGUACCGGUAACUUUGGCUGGAAUUAUUAUUAUUGUUGCGUGAGAGAGAAGAACCAUAAUGCCGGUGGAUAUUCGCAACUUUUUUGCCGCCAAAGGCAAAGCUUCGACGUCCAAGAAGAAGAGUACGGAGAAGGACAAGAAACGUAGUAGUAGUAGUAGUGCUGAUGCUGCUGCCUCGAGCAAGAAGAGUACAUCCGCCAAAGCCCGCAAGAAGAUCUUGUCUCCCAUUGCCGAGGAAGGACCCAGUAGUAAGGCAGGCAAGAAGAAGAAGAAGCAGAGUCGAACGUGGGACGACGAUAGUGAUACCGAUGCUACCACCGAUGGACCUGCCAACGACGAGGAGCCCCCCAAAAAGCAAAAGGCCAAAACCAAUGACGACAAUGACAGCACCAGCAAUGACGACGAAGAACCAGCCAAAAAGAAGGCAUCAUCCUAUUUUCAAAAGAACAAACCCGCGGACAACAAACCCAAGAAUCUGAAAGAGGUUUCUGCAGACGAUUUCUUUGCGUCUUCGUCCAAAAAGAGGCGAACGUCUCCUCGGCGCACUGCUAGGAGCCAACCUAAGGGUUCCUACGUUGUGGACGUGGAUGAGGACGAGGAAGAUGAAAAACCCAAAUCCAGUCACAAGCGAAAAAAGGCACCCGGUGAUGAGGACGAUGGCUUUGUGGAUAAUAAUGACGAUGACGACGAUGAUCUAGAAGACGUCGAAGAGGAGGACCAGAAAAAGCCCAGCAAACGUCCUUCGCCCAAAGCCGCCAAAAAUCCACCCACCAAACCGGUGCGAAAACCAUCUCCCUUCAAAAAACCAAAAGUACAAAGUGACGACAGUGACAAAGGGGACGACGACGACGAGGAAGAUGUCAAGCCAAAGGCCACGCCGUCUUCCAUCGGGAAAAAUAAACGAACCGCCGUCAAGGAAGAGGAAACACCAUCAUCCAGCAAAAAGCGCAAGACAACCCCUCGUUCUUCCGCCAAAAAGAAAUCGCCUCCUCCCAAGAAGGAAAAAAUCGUACUCCUAGAACCAUCACUGGAGUGCGAGCAAUUCGAUGAGGAUAAGGCUGUGCCAGAGUGUUUGGAAGGCCUGACGUUUGUCUUUACCGGGAUCCUGGAUCCCCUGUCACGAGACGAUGCCGCCGACUAUGUCAAAAUGUUGGGCGGAAAGGUCACUUCCGCGGUCUCGGGCAAAACAUCCUUCCUGGUGGUGGGGGAUGUCCUGGAGGAUGGGCGGCCCUAUCACGAAGGGAAAAAGUACCAGCAAGCCAAGGAGAAGGGCACAAAGAUUGUCAUGGGCGUGAAAUUCUUGUAUGGACUGGCCAAGCUUUACAGCGACAAGGCCAAGGCCAAUCUGCCCCAGGAAGAACAGCAAGUCGAGGACGAAGAAAAACCGGCGGCUUCUGCACAACCAGCCGCUGCCAAGAAACCGGCCAUGGCGAAUCCUUACGCCAAGAAACCAGUCGCAAACCCGUAUGCCAAAAAGCUUAAUCCUUACGCCAAGUCCAACAACAACCCGAACGCCAAAAAAACCGACAACCCGUACGCCAAGAGUGCUUCUGCUCCUACAAAGCAAGAGGAUGGCCCCACCAAAAAGCGAGGGUCGGACACAAACGACCUUUGGGUGGACCGGUAUGCUCCAACUUCCACGCAUGAUAUCCUCGGCAACCGAGAUUGUGUCACUAAAUUGACCACCUGGCUGGCCAGAUGGGAGGGACGAUUCAACAACGACAAGGCCGUCGGAAAAGCCUUUUCGAAUCCUCAAGGUCCUUGGAAAGUGGCUCUCUUGUCGGGUCCGCCGGGCAUUGGAAAAACAACUACCGCUACGCUGGUAGGGAAAGAGGCCGGGCGAGACGUACUGGAGUUCAACGCCUCCGAUGUAAGAUCCAAAAAAUCCAUGCAGACUAGUUUGGGAGAUAUCACCGGAUCACGAUGUGUAGAAGGAUACUUUCAAAGUAACUCCAAAGGUACAGGCAAAGGAAAGACUGGCUCGUCCAACAAGAAACGUUUGAUCAUUAUGGAUGAGGUCGACGGAAUGGGAGGUGGCGACCGUGGAGGCCUGGCAGAAUUGAUCCAAAUGAUAAAAAAUUCUCGAGUCCCAAUCAUUUGCAUCUGCAAUGACCGGCAGAGCCAGAAGAUGAAGAGCUUGUUGCCGUACUGCUUUGAUUUGAGGUUCAAACGGCCAAUCAAAAGUCAGAUUGCCAAGGCUGCCAUCAAGAUUGCCCAAAUGGAAGGGAUGAUGGUCCAACCCAACGCUGCAGAACAAAUGGCGGAAUCGUGUGGAAACGACAUUCGUCAAGUGAUCAACGCAAUUCAGAUGUGGUCGUCAGACAACCGUGGAAACAACAGCAAUGCUCUGACUUACAAGGGGCUUAAGGAACGAGAGAAGACUAUCCAAAAGGACGAUAUCCUCCGUGUCAGCCUCUUUGAUGCAUCGAGACUGAUUCUAGAGGGCCGCAAGGGAUUAGCAAAGGCUGACCCUGAAGCAGAGAGGGCCAGCUUCUUUAAGCGCAACGAUGCUUUCUUUGUCGACUACGGCUUCACGGGUUUGAUUGUCCAGCAGAACUACCUCAAAGUUAUGGGCCCACAGUUUCUUGCAGUAAAGCGCUCGAAUAACGCUGAUCAGGCUGCAGACUUCCUAGAGCGAGUUCACUCAGCUGCCCAGUCCAUGUCGGACUAUAACCUUGUCGAAAAUAAGGUGCGCGGCGGCAGUGAUAUGAACUGGGGCCUGUUGCCCUUCUCUGGAGUUUGCGCUGUCAAGACCGGCUUCCACGCCGCGGGGCCAACAGGAGCUAUGUAUCCCGGAUUCCCGGAAUUCACUUCCUGGUUGGGGAAGAACUCGUCGCAGGGAAAGAAGUCUCGCAUCUUGCAAGAGCUGAAUCAUCACAUGAAUUACCGAAUCAGCGGGGGCACCCAGGAGGUCCGUUUGUCGUACCUCCCUUUCAUGCGCCAGCGAUUCUUGACACAGCUGAAGGAAUCGGACGAUGAAGACAGAAACACCGUUGCCAUCAAGCUAAUGGAUGAGUAUGGACUCGACAGAGACGAUGUCUUUGAGAACCUUGACGAAUUCAACAUGAAUUCAAAGGGUCCCAAGAUAGGUGAUCUCGAUAGCAAGAGCAAGGCCGCCUUCACACGAGAGUACAAUCAAGGCAGUCACAAGAGCCAGGCACUAGUUGUGGAACAAGGCGCCCCCAAGAAGAAGAAGCGCAAGGCUGGCAGCGCUGGCGACACAGCUGAUCCGGAUGCCAUUGAUGAUGAUGCCAAAGCAGAAGAGAGCGAAGAUGAUGAUGACGAGGAAGAUAUGGAGAAACUCAAAGAGGCCUUUGCCAAGAAGAAACGACGCAGCGCUGGAGGUGCAAAGGGUGGAGCUGCCAAAGGAAAGGGAGGAGCCGCCAAAGGAAAAGGCGGCGCGGCCAAAGGAAAAGGUAGAGGACGAGGAAAGAAGUAGGAACCACCUGCAUAAGGUAUACAGUGUCUCUAGCACUCUUCGAGAAACUUCACUAUAAUAGCAUGCAUGGCUUUCGUCAUUCAUAUCAUCAGCAACCAAUUGACCUGUGCCUCUGUCAUGCAGCUUGAUCAUCAAUUCAAUCA